AGAUCAGAAAAACGGCGGCAUGGAGCGGGUGCUUACCGCACCAGCCGCGACUGCGACAACGACGGCUGCAGCGGCGCUGAAACCACCGCCAGCGUCACCGAUUCGAACGAACAGCAAGUUGCGAAUAUGUGCCCUUGUAUCGCGUGAUGACGUCACUUCCGGCGGCAUUACCGUACCUGUGGCGAACCAAGUUCACAUUGCUGGUGCCACCAAAUCGCACUCGAAAAAUGCUUUCGAAAACGUGUUUGGGCCAGAUGCCACACAGGAACGAAUCUGCUCGAAUACGUUGCCAGAGCUUGUACAGGGUGUGUUCAACGGGCAAGAUUGCACUUUCAUCGCUUUGGGCGGAAAGUCCAGAGGAAAGGAAUGCCUGCUCUAUGGCGCACCCCCUUCAAGUGCUGGAAUUUUUCAAACUGCGAUCACAUCGAUUUUCAAGAUCACCGAUGAGUACAGGGUAAGCAAACCAGAUACACGGUAUCAAAUCCGAAUGUCAGCUGUACAAUACUCACAACGUGAGAAUCAGCUUACCGAUCUACUAUCUCCCUUUAAUAGCGACCCACGACGAAAAGCAGUGAAAAUAGUUGAUGAUCCUCGAGCUGGUGCGCUGCUAGAGAACGAAUCCGAGAUCCGUGUAGAUUCACCUGACCUCGCACUUUUUUACCUGAAUACGGUAGCUGAUCAUCGGGUCGUAGAAGACGAGGAAACGUUUCGAACAAGUCAUAUUUUUGUAUUUCUGUCUGUCUAUGCCUAUAGAACAGGAACGAACGAACUUGAAGGAGGCCGCCGUCGAUUAGCGAUCGUAGAUCUUGGUCUCGGUGAACGAAACUCGCAUCGAGGCGAACUCACCAUGCCUGCCAUAGGAAGUAUUUUAUUGGCCCUGGUCCAAGGACAAAAGCAUCUACCUGCCAGAGAAAACUGCCUUUCCCAACUGCUCAAGUGUGCCUUGUGCCCGUCCAGGCUCACCACUUUCGUCUGCUCAUUUGCUGAGAAAACCGAUGACAAUGAAAAUGUCGUGCAACUCGCCAGCAAAUUGGCACGCGCCAAGCGAAACACCAGAAAAAACAAGCUUCUUUCUGACACGGCCAGCUCACAUUCGUCCGGUGUGCCCCGAAGCGAAAUCGAAAGUGGCUCUGAAGUGAGCGGCGCCGAGACUGUAAUCUUCAUGGGUCCGUCACCACAUGGCCUGCACCGUUCGAAGUCGAUCUAUCCACCAAGUAGCCCCUCGAUUAGCUCAAAGCUCACUCAAACUUCGGGUAGUUCCGGUCGCACAUGUACGGGUUCAAUUCCACCUAUCCUAAAGGGACAUACGCCAUUCCUAUCGCCUUCACUGAAACUCUACGAUGAUCUCUGUUCACCACCUGGAACAUCCGCAGAUGGAUCCACACUCAAUCAUGACUUGACCGUAUUCGGUGGCCAUUGUACACAGCAUCGAAAUGAUUUCGGCGUCAUUAUUGCGAACAGCCCAAAGCGAUCGAAAAGCUGCAGCCUUGAUGACGAUAAACGACAAGCGAUUAUGCAAUGGGUGGACACCUGCGAACCACUUCUUUCGCCGGACGAGGAUGAGGUUGCGGGUCCGAGGGAGAUACUCUCCUACCCUCUUGAAGACAUAAUCGAGCAGGACGAGGAGUCAAUGAGGGAGUCGGUCAGAUCGAAAUGCGGCACCGACUCGCAUCCGUUGAGCAUUCUGAGUAGAGAGGACAUUGAGAAAAUCAUAAGCACGGAUGCGACGACACAUGACGCCGGCUCUGACGAAGACGCUCUGGAACGGGCCAUGGCCGCUUCGGUAUCAUCAAUUCGAUCGCAUGAUAUUAUGGUGAAGCUCAAUGAAGAUAUCGCUGCGAAAGAAGCAUCCUUGACAGCAACGACAGCGACAACGCCUAGUGAGAUGGAUCUGUAUCGACGAGCAAGCCAUCUUGAACACUAUGCUUCCGAAAAGCUCAAGGAGAUCGACGAAGAUAAAAUGAAGAAGAAACGUGGAAAGCUGUUGCUAAACUGCUGUCAGAAUUCCAUGAUGUCUUCCGGGAGUACGGUAGUGGAUUGGAGCGCGAUUGAGAAGCGGAGGUUGGCAGAAAAAGAGAAGGAAGAGCUUGAAAAACGCAAAAACGAAUUACGAAAACGACGUGAAGAAUUGAAAAUUGAAGCCGAUGAGAUACGUAGAGAAAAAGAGCAAAUUGAUAAGGAGCUCAAUGGUCGUUCGCUGCCAUCAGUCAUAGCGAGACAGAUCACGCAACAACUGCAAGGUCUAUCGAUUGGAUCAAAACCUAGUCAAAAAAGUCGAGUGCCAUCGGAUUCGUUACCGACAACCCCGACAAUCCACAAAAAACUCGUCUCUCCCCCGGUGCGAACCCCGUCGCUAACGAACUGCACGGCUAGUGCCAUACCGACUGCAUCGCCAUCACAUCAGCUUAAAAAUGGUCAUCCGAAAGCUCAGUGGAUCGAUGGAAUGCAUGUUAGAAAGAGCAGCAAAUCACGCACGGAUCGACGAGAACGGAAGUUGUCAGAAGAGAAUAGGCGUGAAAAAACGUCCAUACCGUCGCCAUACACUAAGGUCACUGACCCACGUUUGGUUGAUGGACCACCAAGCAGUGGACGAGGUUCUGAUGAUAAUGCAUCACAGUGUAAGGAGAAGAAACGUCAGAGCUACUCGGCUUCAUCCGGGUACGAAUCAGCAGCCGGAGACUAUCAUGCGGCUUAUUAUCUACGCAAAGAUGCGCGAUUCGACAAGAGGAAGGUGGUAGACAAGAGGCUUGGACUUGGUCGCGAAGCUGACAAUCUUCGAGAACAACAACGUCGACUAAAGAAAGAGCUACAAGAAGCGAAAGCGAUUAUAGGACAAGUUGAUGAUGCUAGAGCGAUCUGUCACGACACCAAACAUAGUGGCAUAAGUCAGGCUACUUUGGUGGAUACGCUCAAACAAGAGAAUCGAAUACUCGAAAAACGACUAACCGCGUGCCGAAACCAUACGAUGUUUGUGACGACAUUCCUGUGAUAUUUUGCCUAUUAUCCCGUUGUUCUAUGUUAUACAUGUAUGUAAAGACAUAAAUAUAUCUAUGUAAGGCUGUUGCAUUGAAAAAGU